AUGGCAUUUCCGUUUGAUAUUCUACACGCCGAAUUGAUCCGCACCGCUCUCGAAUCCGAAAAACAACGAAGCGCCGCAAAAUCCGAAUUUCACGAGGUUUUCAACGGACUCAACUUGGAGCACAUCGAAGACGGCCUAAUACAAAAGGCAUUUUUGCACACCAACGCCGAGACCAAACUAGAGACGAUCGGAUUUCGAGUUGGACGAAGUUUGGUGGAAAAAGUGGCGAGAGAUUCGCCGAAAUUGGUCACCGAAUUGGAAAUUGUCAAAUUUAUUUGCAAAGAGUUUUGGGUUUCGGUUUUUGGGAAACAAGUGGAUAAUUUGAGAACUAAUCAUCAGGUAUAGCGGUUUUUGGGCGGGAAAUUUGAAAAUUUGAAUGAAAUACGUGGAUUUUGCUUGAAAAUCCAUAAUUUUUCAUAAAAAUUGUGGAUUUUGCUUGAAAAUUCGCGUUUUCUCGUGAAAAAUCAAUAAAAACAUAAAAUUUUUAAGCCAAAAUCGCCACGUGGCAAAAAAACGAUAAUUUCGAAUGGAACUGCUUCAAAAUUCCAGAUUUUGAUGAAAUUUCAAAAAAAAAAAUCGAUAAAUUUAGGCUUCAAAGUUGCCACGUGGCGGAAAAAUCUCUGAAAAUUCAAAUUUCAAAGUUUUCGCGCGAUAAAAAUCAUGAAAAUUUGAAUUUCAAACUUUUCGCGCGAAAAAAUCCUUGAAAAUUCAAAUUUUACAGUUUUCAUGCCAGAAAAUCUACAGUAUUCGAAGCCUAGGCUUAUUUAGACUCGAAAAAAUCCCAAAUUUCAAGCCUAGGCUUAUCCGGGUUUUAAAAAUCCCCAAAUUUCAAGCCUAGGCCUAUCUAUACUCGAAAAAAUCCCAAUUUUUCCAGGGUGUCUACGUGGUGCAAGACAGUCGCUUCACAACUCUUCGCACCUUCCCCGAAGGCACACAAUUCAUCAAAGACAGUGCAUAUUUCCUCGCGUUGCCUUGCGGAUUAAUCCGCGGCGCACUUUCCGCGUUGAAUAUUCGAGCUAUUGUUACACCGACUGUUGAAAGCUUGCCGGCUACCAAAUUUCAUAUUCAGAUUCAGCAAAAGUGA